AUGGCCGCUCAAACUACUCAGAACAAGAACAACACUCCAAAGGACAACAACUUGAACAAGCACGCUGGACGUGGUGCUUCGUUAAGUACUGCAGAAUAUAUAGUUGAGCAGUUCCCUCGUUUCAAACCUCAAUAUUUCUACAUGUUGAUCCUUAUCUAUGGCUUGUUGGCCUUUUUCUAUCUUGGCACUCUGGUUUGCGCCAGCGACGAGCACUCGGAGUCAGACAGUGAUAGUUUAGAUCUGCAUUUUGAGGGGAACUUUUCGAACUGUGAACCCAUCAUUUUAACUGGGAGCACCGAGGAGCGGAGUGCUUUGGUCGAACAAGUAUACAAUAUGGAAAUACAAAAUGAAAAUUUAGCUGCAGCGCAGGAGGCUGCCUCACUCUGCGCAAUAACCUCCAACACAACAAUCUCAACUCAUUUUGAACAGAGCAAUGCAAUAACUUUCGUCAUUCAUGUGGAAAGCGAGAGUGAUGAAAGGUACAGCAUUGCAUCUGGCUGCUUGCUUAAAAACUUCAAGGGUACGAACUCGAUUCGGCCAGGUAAUGCAAUUCUCGAGGAAAUUCUGGCUGAAGAGAACUGUGAUACUGUCCGGCGUCUGUUAUGGUGGCUAGAUAUUGCCGAGCUUAAAGAUUUGGCAAAGAUUCGUAGGGGUAGCUAA